AUGUCCUACUUUUUCGGCCACCUGAAGUCGCCAGUGCUUGCCGGCAACUCACUGGCUCUCUCCACAGUUGUCUGGGCUUUGGAUAGGCUUUUUUGCACCUAUUUACAUAAUCCUUUCGUGGGAUGUUUGUUGGUGGUGGUGUCGCUUCUACGCUUACAGCAUGACCAGUUGACGACGGCCUUCCAGAUGAAGGAGCUUGCAUACUUUGACGUGGACGACUAUCUUCUUGAUUUGUUCCACAAUGUUGUGAACCUCGUGUUCAUCGUCAGAUUCGUCAUGUCUCUGCGGUGCUUGACCCUCCGGAGCAAUGUCUUACUUGAGAUUAUCCUUCUUAUCUUUCAAGAGUUUGGCGUUAUAGUGCUUCUCUUUUAUCCAAAGUACUCCUUGUUGUACUCGGAUAUCAGUGUGGUGCUCCGUGUGUUCAUCUGGUGGCAGAUCCUCUGCCCAUACUUGAUCUUGUUGUUUAACACAAUUGAUAUCGGCAAGGAUAAAGAAGAAGUCACCGAGGAGAAGCGCCAAUUGGCCUCCCGCCCAAGUUACAAUAUACUAAGCGUGGUUGUGGAAACGAACAAUAACAUGCUCCCGGUGUUCAUGGCCCAUUCGUUCGCCACAAUCAACUUCGACUUCCCUUUCCACGAGGGAAUUUCCCUUCCUUUGCUUUACCAUAUCGGAGUGAUCAGUAUCAAGUUUUAUAUCAUCUGUCGCUUUAUUCUUUACGAGAUUGUGACGGUGGUGUUUAACAUUUCUAACCUCAAGUCUUUUGCCGAACUUUACACUCCAGUUCAAAUCGGUAACCCUAAGAAGUCAUGGCUCUCUGGCCUUUCCCGCUUCACAACUUCAAUUCUUCUUGCUACUACAUUCAUUUGCAUCACAUCCGAUGUUGGUAUAAUCGUGCUUUCCAAGUACUAUUCCUAA